AUGCGGAAAGCAAAAGCCUACAUGAAAACUCGUGUGCCUCUACUUCCCUCCAAAUAUUUCAUACAAAAUUAUUUGUCCUCAUUUUUGGAGGAUCCCAUCGUUGAGGAAGCAAAGGCCUUGAAUGCAAAUGUUCAUGAAGAGGAAGCCGUCGAUGAUACAAAUUCUGGCCAUUAUUUGAAAGCGCUGGAAGCAUUCAAUGCCGGUAACCACGAGGAAGUUCUGACACAGUGCAAUAUGGAGUUGAAGGGCUAUGAUUCACCUAGUGGGGAAGGUGAUGAGAGUGUUCAGGAGAAAAAGGAAGAAGUGGCGAAGGCCCUUCUUUUGAGAGGAACCUGGUUGUUUUUGAUGGGUGAUGGAGCCAAGGCUCUGAAAGAUUUCACAGCCUGCAUCGAGCAUCCAGAUGCGAAUCUUAAGGUAAAAGUAAAUGCUCUGAUCAAACGGGCAUGUCAGCAUCUUCAAGACGAGGAUGUUGAAUCCUGCUUUGCUGACUUUGACCGGGCUUUGAAGCUCGAUCCGAGCAAUGGAGACGUUUUCCAUCAUCGUGGACAGGUGAUGAUGCUGUUGGAAAAGUAUGACAAGGCUGUGUCAGACUUCGACAAGGCUGCUGCUUUGCAUCCGAGUUUUCCUCCGACCCAAAUUCAGAAACGUCUCGUCGAAUACCGACGUGCCUUCAGGGAGCAGAAUUUGGAGAAGGUUUCUGCUUGCGCUGCCAGAUUCCGGGAAACCGUGGACAAGUUCCCGAGCAGUUCUGACGGAUGCUCAAUUUUUGGACAGAUACUGGCCGAUCUGAACGAAUAUCAGCAAGCCGAAGAAUACAUGGAACGCGCUCACAAACUGAAUCCCGAGGAUGCCAUGAUCCUUGUUCACAGAGGUUUGAUUAAAGUGCAAACAAACAACACGGAUGAAGCUGUGAAAUACAUGAAGAUGGCGCUCGAAAUUGACCCGAAAUGCGAAUUUGCGUACGAAACCUGGGCAACGCUGGAGGUUCAAAGCGUGUGCCAAAACGGCGUGUGUCGAAGCAUUGCUUGUCCGAAAUAG